UAAUACACAUAACAUUAAAUAAAAUGUAAUCGGCGAAUGUUCUCCCCCGUGCUGAGAUAAUGGUUUAGUUAGUAAUGGAUGCCCCUUUAUCGGAGAUAUAGGUUCCUGUUAAUGAGAAGAUGAGUGAACUGAAGGACUGUCCCCCUCUGAAGUACUAUGACUUCAAACCUGUGGACCAUGUGAAAGUGUGUCCACGCUACACCGCAGUACUCAGCCGCUCAGAAGAUGACGGCAUUGGCAUUGAAGAGUUAGACACGCUUCAGCUUGAGCUGGAAACACUCCUAUCCUCUGCAAGCCGACGUCUCAGAGCGCUGGAAGAACAGAGACAGAUCCUUACAGACUGGCAGGACAAAAAAGGGGACAAAAGAUUUCUGAAAUUAGGGAAGGAUCCAGAUCUCGCAGCCUCUUCUCGCCACUCCAAGCCCAAAAAACAGAAGCUUGAUGGAAAAGGAAGUCAUGGUCCCGGACCUGGGCCUGGUAGACCGAAGUCUAAGAACAUACAGACCAAGGUCCAGGACUUUGAAUUUGAAGUGGACCCCCAAGAUAUACCCCGCAAUCCUAAAAAUGAUGCUCCCAACAGAUUCUGGGCCUCAGUGGAGCCUUACUGUGCAGACAUCACAAAUGAAGAGAUCAGAGUUCUGGAUGAGCUGCUCAAACCCCCUGAAGAUGAAGCUGAGUACUACAAGAUCCCAGCUCUUGGAAAACAUUAUUCCCAACGCUGGGCUCAAGAGGACCUGUUAGAGGAGCAAAGAGAGGGAGCCAGAGCCAAUGACAAGAAAAAAAGCAUAAUGGGUCCUCUUUCUGAACUGGAUGCUAAAGAUGUAGACGCCCUACUGAAGAAAUCAGAGACUCAGCAUGAACCUCCUGACGACGGCUGUCCCUUUGGCCCUCUCACUCAGCGGCUUCUACAAGCGCUUGUUGAGGAAAACAUCAUAUCUCCUAUGGAGGAUUCCCCUAUUCCAGACAUUCCAGGGAAGGAUGAUGGGGCCGGUACGUCACCUCGUAGCCAGGGUAAAGCCUUCAGUGUGCCUCACACACGCUCUCUGGAGGCUCGUAUAAGAGAGGAGCUGGUGUCUCAGGGGCUCCUGGACUCUGAUGAGAGGCAAGGUGUCGGAGGAGAAUCUGAAGACGAGGUGCUGGCUGAGCUGCAGAAAAGACAGGCUGAACUCAAAGCUCUGACUGCCCACAACCGCUCACGCAAGCAGGAGCUGCUCAAGUUGGCACGGGAAGAGAUGCGAAAACAGGAGCUUCGACAGCGGGUUCGCGUGGCUGAUAACGAGGUCAUGGAGGCCUUCCGUCGCAUCAUGGCAGCCAGGCAAAAGAAACGCACUCCAACGAAAAAAGAGAAAGAUCAGGCGUGGAAAGCUUUAAAAGAGAGAGAAAGUAUUCUCAAACUCUUAGAUGGAUAAAUAUGACUGGCAGCUAAAAUGUGAUGUGUUUCAAUUCAUAUGUUUGUUGGCUAUGGACACUUCAUUCAGACAACUUGAAGAACACGUAGAUGGACAUUUAAUAUAAUUGUUCAUAUGUUAUGAAUACUCUCUAUCCAAAAUAAGACCUGACAUGGCUAGUUGUAAAUACAGGUGUUUGACACUAUGGGUUUCAAGUCCCACUGACUUGCCAGAAGUAUGGCACCUCGAGUUUACCAUUUAUUUUUUGUCUUUCUGUACAGUUCCAAAUGCAACUGAUUAAUGGUUUUAUAUUGUGAUAGGGACAGUUCUCCCAAAAAUCACAUUCUGUCGUCAUUUACUCACCCUCAUGUCGUUCUAAACCUGUUUAACUUUCUUUCUUCUUUGGAACAUAAAGGAAGAUAUUUUGAAGAAUGUUGGUAACCAAAAAGUUUUGGUGACAAUUGACUUUCAUUGUAUGGACACAAACACUGAGACAAUUCUUAAAAUAUAUUAUUUCGUGUUCCACAGAAGUGAGUGGAAGAGGGUGAGUAAAAGAUGACAGAAUUGUGUUGAUAGUAUUUUGUUACUACAUUGGAUAGAGAAAGAACUCGUUAUUUUUGAGUUUUUAUAUGAGUAAAAGGAAAUAAAGCUUGUAUAAAGGUAUUGUAAUUGGAAAUAUCAGCGUUUGUAAAUUCA